AUGGAUUGCCUGCCGUCUGUCGAAUCGUCCAGUACGGCGCUCGAAGAGGAGCAGCAGCAGCAGCAGCUUUGUGCGUUCCGUGAGACGCGUGUUCAUAAUGACCUCAUUCUCGACCAAGGCCAGAGGUCAACAAAUACGAUGAUGGACUCGGAUACUCCGCACCCUGUGAAUUGCGAUGAGUUGCCUAUGCACUUGGCAGAAUCAUAUAGUUCAAACAGCAUGAUGUGCAAUGAAGCACCCGACCCAUUCCUCGGUGUCGAAGGUGGAUUUGACGACAUCCUCAUGGGCAACUUCCUCCAUGGUAUUAUCAAUACAGACCAGUCUAACAAUCAGUUUCCCAGCCACAGUACAGGAGGACUACCAAACGUGCUGCACUUUGGCUUUAAUGAAUUCGCAGACUCCCUCUCCUCCGGUUUCGACCGUGUACAUUCUCCCCUUGCUCCCAUGCGCACCGCCACAACCGAAGACAAGAACCUUUCAAUCGGUAGCCGCGGCGGCAUGGAAACACCAGCGGUGCGAAGAGCAGUCCACGCUGGCGAGCAAGCUUUCAGGGAAUCUAUCUGGCUUUGGGACCCUUCAAUAGAAGACAGUAGUGUGUCAGAGCAGAUUCACCUCACCCUGCCCCGAGAUCACUCCAUUGCCGAGCAUCAAUCACGAGAAGUGGAUUCAGGCCUUCGCUUGUCAGCAACGAGUCGCGAUCGUCUUCUCUCCAUGAUAUUGAGAACCUGUGAGCCUCAAGUACAACGUCAAGUGGUGUCUUGUUUUCCGUCGACCGAAUUUCUCUCUUGUCUACUUGCCGACUUCAAAAUAAGGCAUGUUCGACAAAUAUCGCCCUGGAUUCACUUUCCCACACUCAACCUCGACGACGAAUGUGAGGAAUUUUUGGCGGCUUUGAUAUGCGCUGGUGCUGCCGACUCAAGGCGACCGGAGAUCCGCAAGCUUGGAUUCGCCCUGCAGGAGGCUGCCCGCCUCGCCAUCAUGAAGAGAUUCGAAGAAGAUAACAGGAAUCUUCGGGACCUACGUUCGAUACAAGCACUUCUUCUGAUACUCCAAGUCGGUCUUAAUAGUGCAUCACGACGCAAAAUCGAGAUCGCCGAGAGCUUCACCCUGAUUGUCGUGACAAUGCUUCGAAGAGGAGGUCGGUUCUGGAGUAAGCGGGACAGUCUAUUAGUUCUAAACGACAACGACGACAAUCGGCGUCAGACUCUUGAGGUGCAUUGGAAGAGAUGGGUCGAGGAGGAGUCCUUCAAGAGGCUUGUCUAUCAUGUCCUUUUUCAAGAUGUGCAAACGUCCUCGGCCCUCUUUCGUCAACCUGUGGUAUCUUACUUCGAGAUCAAUCUGACCAUGCCAUGUUCGGCAGAGAUGUGGCAAGCGGAAUCAGCUGAAAUCUGGCGGCAGGAAAUUCUGACGAGACAACGUCCCCCAAAUCUAUCCCCGUUGACACUUCAGAAUUGUCUCCAAGAUCCAGGCUUACUGAGUCUUCACCACGGUCACAUUGAUCUCCAGAUGAGCCUCAGGGUGAUGGUCUCCAUUUUCUGGUCGCGAGUGUGGCAAUUCAUUCAAAUGAGAGCGAUUUCCUUGCCUUUGAAUAGCAACCCGAAUCUGGUCACGGUGAAUUACUUCCGCCAGCAACUCGUGGCCACUAGUCAAGACCUGAUUGUACGAUUUUCCGAAGACUUCGAGUCAAUGCAUCCUUGCGUGAAAAUGGUGCUGGAGCUCGGUUUGAUGCAUCUGUACGUCUCGCUCGAGGAUAUCCAACACCUCGCGGGAAAGGAGGGCGAAGAACAAGCUCGGAAAGCCGCUUCCCGUCUUCGAUCAUGGAUCGGCCUGCCCGAGUCCCGACAUGCUUUGUUUCAUGCUGGUCAGAUUGCCAAAGCGGCGGUUCAGUGUCCAUUGCAGUAUCUGCGUGGAUACCAUGCCGUGGUGAUCUACCAUGCAAGUCUCACCAUGUGGGCUUACGCUCUGCUGGCGACCAGCCAGACUAGCGUGCAAACAGCGCAGGUGGGAAAUUUCCACGGUGCCGAGAAUAAAUUACCUCUGGUCCGGCUCGACGGCGAUGAAACACCAGAAUUGAGACGUUUCAUUCUCCUGGGGAACGGCACUGCUUGUAUACGAAGAUAUCCUCCAGAUGAACCCAGGAUGGUGCCGCUAACGGACUCAGCAGAGGUUAUGAUGAGCAUGGCCGGACUGCUUUCGAGUCGAGACGAAAGCGAAUACUACUGCAUCCCUAUUGUCAGCUAUCUGACCAGUUUGAUGCACUCGUUGGCCAAGGCUUCUGCUGGGAUGAAGCUUUUGCGAUAG